CCACUCAGUCUCGAGUUGAGCUUCUUCCUCGAAAGGUGGAGCACAUAGCGGAUGAACCCAGGGGAUCCGAGUCCUCACCAGCCAAGUCCUCGAGGGCCAUUCACUGGCAUCUACAGCAUCAGGGAGGUCGGGAUGGUCACGUUCCACCACUCGAUAACACCAAUAGUCACCAACGAGGGCAACGAGGAUGAUCUCCUGUUGGUACUGGUAAACGUAAAAACAGAUGCUGGCCUGAGAAAGAAGAUGCUGGAAAGCCUUGUCGCAAGAUGUCGUGAUAGCAUCGUAUCGAAGGUCCCGUGUCCGCAUUUCCGGCUUGAAGGGUCUCCGCUUCGCUUCGAACAGAAUAGGAAUGCUGAAGCCUUGCAAAAGGGCGACAUCUUCCACCCAGGAUUCAAGGUUUUCAAAGGCAGGCGGCGUCUGGAAUCACGACACAUUGAGUUGGUUGGACCAUUGGGCUGUCGGCAGCGGGCUCGUCAAGCUCGUCAUCGUCAACUACAAGCUUGAAUUGCGGAUGCAUCAGGAAAUUGGUAGUGCCAGAGACGAAAUAAUCGCCGAAGUCUAUGGCUAGAUCGAUCUCAAGUGUCUUUUCAAACGCUCAUCGUGAUUGAGAU